GCGGGAGCGGCGCUGCCACGCGGCACGGCGGGGACAUGGCGCUGGCGGUGGCGGUGGCGCUGCAGGCACUCGGGCUCCUGGCGCCCCCCGUGCUGGGGCAGACGCCGGAGCUGGCCGCGGGGCGGGAGGAGGUCAAGAUCGAGGUCCUGCACGUCCCCGCCGACUGCAGCCCGCGCAGCAGGAGGGGCGACAUGCUCAACGCGCACUACGACGGGUACCUGGCCCGCGGCGGGGCCCGCUUCUACUGCAGUCGGACACAAAAUGAAGGCCAUCCAAAAUGGUUUGUUCUUGGUGUUGGACAAGUAAUAAAAGGAUUAGAUAUUGGUAUGAUGAAUAUGUGUCCUGGAGAAAAACGGAAAGUUACAAUUCCACCAUCAUUAGCGUAUGGAGAGCAAGGAUAUGCACAAGCCAAGAUUCCACCAAAUGCAACGUUGAUCUUUGAUAUUGAACUGUAUGCAGUACAUAAAGGACCACGGAGUGUUGAAGCUUUUCAACAGAUAGACAUAGAUAAUGACAAAAAACUCUCUCAAGAUGAGAUAAGCCAGUAUUUAAAACGGGAAUUUGCCAGAGAUGGUAAAAAGCGUGAUCCUUCAGAUCAUGAUAUUAUUUUAACUGAUAUAUUCAAGAAGAAUGACCAUGAUGGAGAUGGCUUCAUAUCUGCCAAGGAGUACAAUGUCUACCAACACGAUGAACUAUAGUAAAUUAUUUAUAAAAUCUCUUGGCUGCUUUCUGCACACUAAAUUCAAGGAUUUUUUACAAUGAACAUUCUUUUUGUCCCUUUUUUUUUUUUUUUUUUACAUUUUUGUUGUGGUAAUUUUCUAAUAGCUCUUAAGAUUUUUAAAACCUUGCCAUUAACACUUCGGUAAAGAAUGUGAUGCAUUUACAAAAGAAAUAAAAUUGGAAAAUGUCA